UCGAAUAGCUCGCGAGCAGUCUUGUGUCAUAAGCUCCCCUAGGGAUAGCUUAGGUGACUAGGUUUUUCCUCUAGAAUUGCAAAUCACAAUAUAUAAAGCCAAGAGAAGCAAUCUACAAAAAUUGAAUGUGAUAAAACGACAUCGCUUCAAAGCUCUAACCCAUAUACGAGAAACAUCAUCUUCUAUUCUUCUCCCUCGCAAAAACACUGAAACAGAAAUACAGCAAAAAUGGCGCGAGGAAUAAUUCCUUUUCUCUCUCCUCAAACCAGAACCACUGCUACUUCCGCCGUCAUUGCAACCUCAAUUUCAACACUAUACCCAAAUAAGAUAAGAAACGGCGUCGUUUCUUUCUUCUUCCGCCGCACUUCUUCUAGACUCUUCUGCAAAUGUUCCGAAAGUAUAAACUCUCAACUCCCAUUAGAAUACACUGAAAAUUUCUCAAGAAGGAUGCAAAUGGCUGCCCUUAAACCCCACCAUCGCAUUGCUAUGGGGGUCUCUGGUGGUGCUGAUAGUAUGGCUCUAUGUGCUCUGAUGGCAAAUUGGAAGACUUGUGCAAAUGGUGAUUGUCUUGACAGUUCUGGCUUUGUCGAUGGCUUACUUGCUAUUAUUGUUGACCAUGGACUGAGGUCCGAGAGUAAAGAAGAGGCGAAGACUGUUUCUCGUUGGGUUUCUGAUAUGGGAAUCAGAUGUGAGAUUGUGCAUUGUGAUUGGCCUGAUGGUCUCCCAAAGGUAGGGCACUUGGAAGAAGUGGCUCGUGAUAUGAGGUAUAAAAUAUUUCAAGAUGUUUGCUUCCAGAACCAGAUUGGUGUACUACUUACUGCCCAUCAUGCAGAUGAUCAGGCUGAGUUGUUUAUCUUGAGGCUAUCUCGCAAUAGUGGAGUGCUUGGACUUGCAGGAAUGGCAUUUACAUCUCAAUUAUUCCCUAAAUUCCCAUGUGUUAUUGGUGAAAUACCUGACAAUCAAGGCAUUCUAUUGGUACGGCCCUUCAUGGAAUUUACCAAAGAAGAUCUAUACAAGAUUUGUAAUACCAGCAAUCUUAACUGGGUGGAGGAUCCUUCAAAUCGAAGUUCACUGUUUGCUCGAAAUAGGAUCCGCAUGGCAUUACAAGAUAUGAAAACCUGUGAAUUCAGGUCUGAACUACAAGGAUUAAUUUCCAUUUGCAGGCGAACACGGUUGUAUGUUGAUUACAUGUGUCAGGUUCUGUUGGAUCAGGCUGUGACCAUAAUGCCUCAUGGUUAUGCUGUUAUUGACCUACGCAGUUUAAACCCAUCCAAAAGAGAGGAUGUCUGUCUGUCUAGAUUUCUGGCACUGGUUUUGCAGUUCAUCUCGCAGAGGCAUAGACCAGUACGUGGAAGUGCUUCAAGGCUGCUGCUAGAUUAUAUUCGAACUUUUCCUUGCAAGACCUCUCUCACAGCAGCUGGCUGUUAUCUCUGUGCAGCUCCUGGCACCAAAGGAACCAAGGUCCUUGUCUGUUGCUCCGUCCACUCUGUUCUUCCCGCAAAAACUGAGUUAUAUUCCACAUAUCCUGGCCAGGAGCAGAUGCAAUGUUCUUCAUAUGAUGUGGGACAAAUAGUCAUAGAUCAAAAAUAUUUGUUGAAGCAAUCAACCCCGGAUGCUUCACAAAUUCAUUUUUUUGAUCCUGUGUCUUCAAGCUCUGUUCUGGCUGAAGCAAAAAGACUCAAUAUUCUUAGCGAGUCCACCUAUGAGUCCAUUUUACAGUUACAGAUGAAAGAAACACAACUGUUCAAGUCUAAAUCAGAAGUUAUAUCUAGUAGUGAGCCAAAGAAUGAAGUAGAUAUGGUACCUACAAAAGAACCAUUUCGAACAGGACAGAGCUGUUACUUUAUGAGCAGGUUCUUUCUGACUUGGAUGUCAAAUGAUGAAAUGUACUCGUGUUAUAGUUCCUUGGAAGAUGGUGAUCAAAUAAGCCAUCAAAAUUGUAGUUUGUGCAUGGCUGGUGAUGUGUUAGCUUAUGUCCGUCACAUGAUUGAUGAAGACUGGCUGUUUCUUGCAAAGUUGGCAAACCCAAACACUCAAGAUUCCUGCAAAUUCAAACAGCAGAAGUCCAUUGUUAAUAAUGAAAUGGAUCAAGUACUUGACAAGACCAACUUAUAUUCCAAUCAUGCAAGGUCAUCAGCUCAACAAGCACUAAGAAAUUUGAAAUCUAUUCCCGUUGCUGCUCGAAGAGGCUUACCUGUCAUAAUCAGUACAGAGGGCUUCCUGCUAAGCAUUCCAAGCAUUGGUUUCAAUCAUUGUCCGUCUUUGAUCAUAUCUGCACUGUUCAAGCCUAGAGUGCCGCUUGAUGGAGGACAUAAUUCAUUCAUGUAAAUUGAACAUGUUCAUUUUAUGAGAAAAAGUUAUUGAUCAGCUCAGUGCUACCUUCGUAAUGGAGUAAUUGUGUCGAUAUAAUGACAUAAUUUGCUCCUUGGAGUAUCUUCGCUGAAACAGAAAAUGCCUUUGGAAUUGUUCGUGAAAUUGGCAACAACUGCUCAUGCUUCAGUUAAACCAAUCAAAUCAGCCGAGAAUUCCAAGCCAGAGCUUGUGAUUCGACUUCAGUCAAAGCAAUUAGAUCGAUUCUAUUACAAGCUACUAAAAUGUGUUAACAUGUGCUUGGAUUUUAGUUUUGAUUUGAUAACAUUUCAAAGAUUUGCAAGGAUUAUGAUUCUUGUUUUGUCUCAUCACAGCAAAAGAUUAAAUGGUAAGGCAAUGUAAAGGAUAAUGAUACCUUAGUCAACGUUGUCAUUAUCAGGCUGUUAAUGCUGUUUACAUUUGUUGCAACUCUUUUGUCAAUUUACCUAACCGUAGUCUGUAAUCUGUCAAACUCGUUUAUAUUAUUAAUGUUCUUUUCAUACUCGUAGUAUAUAGUACGGAGUAUAUGUGAUUAUAUAAACUAUUGUUCAUAAGUUGGACACAAGUUUUUCUUCUAUUCUUUUUUUUUUACUCGUUAUUCUGUUGCUACUUCCUCCUAUAAAG